UUCUCUCUCUCUCUCUCUCUCUCUCUCUCCACCCAAACCUUCGCCGUGAUGCCAUCGCCGUCGCACGGUGGCGGCGGCGGCGGCGCCGCCGCCGCCUCCGCCCCCACCUCCGGCGCCUCCGCCGGCGCCGAUGGCGAGCUCUUCUUCCUCGUCCACCAAUACCUCGUGGAGAACAACCUCCACGACACCGCUCGCAUGUUCGAGAGGGAGUCCGGAAGCUUCUUCAGCCUCCGCCGCUUCAAGAGGGCGGUGAUCGCCGGCGAUUGGGACGAGGCGGAGUGGUACGUCUCCGGAUUCACGGAUGUCGACUCGAACCCCCAAUCGAAGAAGCUCAUCUUCGAGCUCCGCAGGAUGAAGUACUUCGACACCCACGAUCGGAUGGAGGGGGAGAAGGAGAUGCAAAUUCUCUCGAAUGAUCUCAAACUGUUCGAUACGAAGGAUGCUCUCACCACCCCUCCUGUGAGGGAUAUGCUAUUGCGGAGGGAUUGUGCUUUUGAGGAGCUGAAGGGGCUGAUUGAGAAGAACCAUGAUUUCGAGGGCAAGCUGAAGGAGUUUCCAAAGCUUGAAACGCGGAACCUUCGAACCAUUUUUGGUGCGCCUCUGAUUUCUACUCGUGGCAGCAGGCCUCCUGCACUUGCAGUCCACAGAGGCAUACAGGUGCAAGUAAUGGAAUGUGAGAAUGCUGAAUCAAAAGAGAAAAGAAAAACAUGGGCCAACGUUAUUAGGCCAUCUCAGUGUCAAAUUUUGAGGCUUCAUGAUGAUAUGCCGGCAGCUGAGAUGCAUGAACUGAGAUAUAUGAAUUUGGGGCAUGAUAUAUUGGCACUUGACUCGAGUGGCGUUCACAAGAUAUGGAGAUGGAAAGAAUUUGAUCAAAAUGCUUCUGAAAAGUUAUGGCGACCUGCACUCUGCAUUGGAGUUACCGAUAGAAGUGGUAGCUCUACAAAAGAACUUGUGCAUUGCUUUGCAGUGUCAAGGAGCGAGUCAUAUGCCGUGUCCACAUCAGGCGGAAAAAUAACUUUGUUUGAUCUUCCUACAUUCUCGAACAGGAAAUGUUUCAUGAAUUCCCCUCCUGCAGCAACUUUUCUGGCUCUUGAUGCACAGGAAGACAACAUCAUCGCCAUUGGCAGGGAUGACUCCAGCAUAUUAAUCUAUAAUUUCACAGCCAAUGAGAUCAUAAAAGAGCUAAAGGGGCAUCAUGAGAAGAGAGUAACAGGCCUCGCCUUUUCUACCGAGCUGAAUGUACUCAUAUCAUCAGGAGCAGAUGCUCAGUUAUCCAAAUGGGGCACUCAUGGAUGGGAACAUCAAGGAAGUAAGCGUCUACAAGUACCCACCAUAUCUGCGGGCCGUUUUGCACGGACAAAAGUUCAGUUUCACCAUGAUCAGGUCCAUCUACUGGUUGUCCAUGCGGCGAAGUUAGCUAUAUAUGAUGCAGCGAAACUCGAAUGCCUUCACCAGUGGUGCACCCCAAAACUAUCCAGAAGAUAUAUUACACAUGCAACAUACUCGUGCGUUGCCAAGAUGAUAUAUGCAAGUUUCACUGAUGGAUGUGUGGGAAUACUAACCCCAUCUCUUGAAUUGGGCUGUGUAAUUAGACCUACAGCAUAUCUGAGUGGUCCAAGUUCCGAUCAUGCUGUUUUCUCUGUUUUAUUUGUGUACCCACUUACCAUUGCUGCUCAUCCUUCUGAGCCGAUGCGAUUCGCACUUGGUCUCUCCAACGGCAAAGUCGUAAUUCUAGAGCCUCUUGAAUCAAAUAGAAGUUGGUUAAACCCACCACUAUCACGACCACCGCCGCCAUUACCGAAAAAUACAAUCAACGGUUCCAGCAAUGCUGUUGAGAAAACGAUUCCCGAGAGUCGAUAAUCCUCAUAAAGGUACAGGAAUUUCGAGCACCAACAUUAGAGAAACUUUGUUUCUCAAGUUACGAUCUUUGUGGUAAAUCCUGCACUACCUACACCAAAAUCAUCAGCUCCAAACUCCUUUUUUUACUAUUAUUUUUUUCGCAAGGUGAAACUUAGGGUUAUCACAUUUUUAUGAGAAAAAGCAUUCAUUUUUUAGGUUAUACAUGGAUAUAAGUAGGAAAAACAUACUAGCAAUGGUAAGUGGUUACAAUCUUACCAUGUUCAGUGAAAUCCUUUGCACAGAUAGAGUAGAAGCUAAAAAUUCUUUUGAGCUGGGAAUAACACAUUCUUUUGUAUAAUAAUAGCCUCCUUUUGACACAUUUUUAGUGAAAUGCAACUACUGUUGAUUGAUUCAUGUACUUCUUUGAAGCUUUUUGCUUGUGCUUAUCAAUAAAAGA